AUGUCUGUGCGUUCCACUCUGAAAUCUCUUACUGAGUCAUCUAUGCGAUCGUCGUCUUACAAUUGGCUAUCUCGAGACUCUUUGUCUUUAAUUCAUCCUAGUAGGGAUCCACAGCAUACCGCACAAUUGACACCAACUGUUUCAAAGAAAUCAUCCAAGUCACAAGCAACUUCGACCAUCAGCUUUAAGGACACGAUUCUCCAGGGCGAAACAAAGAGCUCUACUGCCUUGCCUGCACAAGAAUCACUAAGCAGCAACAGCGGCUUGCUAAAUUUGGGCAACACAUGUUACAUCAAUUCUAUUUUGCAAUGUUUUUAUGUCUUACCCGCAGUCGCCACAGCCAUCUCUGCAAAUGAUUCCAAUAUGGCGAUAGGUAGAAGUUUUGUAAGUGUUCUACGCAAAUUAUCCUCCUCCAAGAUUCCAGUGAACACUUCUUCAUUUCUAAAUGCAUUAAAAUGCCAUAUUUCUAAUGCAAGGGGCGCUGCUUUUAGUCCAUUCUCUCAACAAGAUGCCCUACAGAUUCUUGAGUAUCUCAUGCCAGAGUUGUCUUUAGCCUUUCCUUUCUUUGCUAGAAUAUUCAACACCCGUCUGAAAAUCUGCACUGCUUGCAACGCUUGCAAUAAUAUUAGCACCUCUGAGCAAGUAAGUCCAUUUCUUCAACUACCCUUGACAUCGACUGUAAAAUCUUCAGUAGAUAACUUUUUGGAAAACGAAGAAUUGUCAGGCGUUAACUCGCACUUCUGUCACUACUGUAAUAGUUAA